CGGCGCAAAUUCAAAGAGCUAACGUUUUCUGCAAUUUCCAAAACGGGAAGAUAAACCCAAUUGGGUUAGAAGUUCUGGUGGCAGUAAUGGAAGCUCACUCUCACUGCAACUCUAUCCAACUUAUACGCGGUUUCCUAGUUCAAAACCCAGUUUGUAAAGACUCCUCCUCUAUAUAUAUUAUACCCAGUGCGCCGAAAUCUAGGCAUAAAUUGAACCCCAAUUCGUCUGCUUAGGUAUUACUCAUCAUCUGUUCUUGACUUCAUGUAUUGAUCUCAGAAUUAUUUGAGAGUUUGGUUGGUUUUCAUGUGGGUUUUUGAUUACAUUGAUUGGAGUCUUGUUUAAAUAUGGAGAAUAUUAGUAACAGCAACAAGCAACACAGUGUCCGACGGGAGCUGAGUACUGGGAAAAUAAAAGUUCGAGAUCUUUGAUUUGGGCUGCCAUAAAAUUGCUCAGGGAGUCCGGAAUUUGUUUUUUUUUUUGGGGGUAUACAAAGUCGAUUUGAAGUGGGUAUUUUUUUUUUUUCUUGAAUUCAUAAAUUGAUUUCAGUACUAUUUGAUCGUUUAUUUUUUAUAUGGGUUUUACGUUAUAUGGAUUGGAAGCUUGUUAGGAUAUACAAAUUUUCCGACUGGUAUUGGGUACUAGGAUAAUAAAAGUUCAAGACACUUUGAUUUGAGAGAUGAGGAAGACGGCAAAACGUAAGUUCAAUUAUGCUUCAACCCUUUGCUGUUUUCUAUAUAUUGUAGGGUCUAAUGAUGCCACUUGAAAGUAGGAGUGUGGAUGAUGAAGUGUUGAUCACGAGAGUAGUAGUAGUAGUUUUGGUUUCUAUAGUACUGCAUAUGUAUUAACAUGUUGUCGUGUUGGUCCAGGUUGUAGUAGCCAAAGGAGUGUUGGUGAUGAUUGCGACCACGAUGCUGAAACUUCGAGUUCAAAAGGUGGAACAAAGACAAUGGAUUGUUUUCUAGAGGAAUUAUUUCAGAAAAGGGGAUCAAAAAGGGAGAGCGCGCUAGCUUUCAUUAUCGAGGGAUUUACCAUGAAAUACCAACGGCUGUUUGCUCAACAAAAUUUUGCUACUUUACUUUACCGAUGCCUAAAUUCAUUUAAAAAGGGAUCUUCCAAGGAGAUUGGCCUAGCCUGUCAUGCCCUUGGCUUGUUGGCAAUAACCAUUGGCUGUGGGGCAAAUGCUCAUGAACUAUACAGAGAGGCAAUUGAUCCGCUCUCAAAAGCUCUCAAAUCUGCUCCCGAAACAUUCAUACCCUCUAUCUUGGAAUGUUUGGCUAUUGUCACCUUUAUUGGUCGAAGUAAUGUCGAGGAGACUGAAAAAGCUAUGCAAAUUAUUUGGCGCUUCAUUCAUUUACAAUCGGGCUUCAAUGGGGUUGCAAGAAAACAUUCAGCAGUUGUUCUAACUUCUGCAAUAUCUGCUUGGUCGUUUCUUCUCACAAGCAUGGAUAGUUGGAACCUUAGUUACAAUCACUGGCAAGGGGCAAUUGAUUUCUUUUUGAAUAUACUGGAGACGGAUGGUGGUUCUGUCCUUGCUGCAGCUAGUGAAUCAUUAGCUCUAAUCUUUGAAGUGGAAAGCUUUGAUAAGUUUGUUUGCGACACAAAAGUUACCAGUGAUAGUUCAAUUUGCAAAGAGGGAAAUUGCCUAAAGGGGUUUUCGUCUACACAAGAAUUGAAGGAAGCAAUAAUUGGUCAAGUAAGGAGCCUUUCACAACAAGCUGAAGGUUGUAGUUCAGCCAGUAAAGUUGUGAACAAUGAUUGCAAAUAUAGUUGGGAUAUUGUGAAAGUGUUGGAGGAAGAUUGUUUUCCUGAAACAUCAGUGAAGAUUGGUCACCAAAUUUUAAGACUUUGCACAUGGUCUCAAUUGUUACAGAUGAACUAUCUAAAGAAUUUUCUUGGAGGUGGAUUUCUCAAACACAUGCUGGAAAAUGAACAACUUCAUGAUGUCUUUGAUUUCACACCAAAACCACUGUCAAGCAAUGAGCCGUAUGUAUGUGAAAGAGAAGAGGUCAGUGUUCAUUAUUUUGUACCUCAAGUCAGAAAAAAAGACAACAAAGAUUGCUGUCAGAGACUUCACAAGUCACGCAAUUCUGCCGCGAGCAAGGCAAGGACUCAACAGUUAAAUAAGCAACGUACUAUCAGAGCUGAGGAGCUUCGGAUAUCUUUUGAUUGAUGCUGGAAGUGAAGUGGGCAUGGCCGAACACUUUGGUAGUAGUGCAGCAAGCAAUCAAGACUUAUAGAAAAUUUUGUUUAUUGUUUCUCUGAUUUAAUUUGUAUCGAUAGUUGUUUAUAUCGUACGAUACGCGAUACGAUACGUUUUGAAGCAUACGAUACAUAUUGUUUAAUUAUAUUGGUUUGUGUCGUAUCGUGUGAUACAUGAUGUGAUAUGCCUGACACAAGAUAAUACGUACAAGUUUUCCGAUAGGAGGCGAAAUAGAU